AGCUGCAUGGGAAUUCCUACGACAUUUCUACGGCUGGAAUAUCCCACAAUACUGUUGGUGAAUGGGCAACAUUUUUUAUUGUUGGUGGAAACUGAUAAUGCUAAAAACUAUAGAGAUAAGGAUUUGUACAAUGUUUGUGGUGUCUGUGCGGCAACAAGCAGAAUAAAAUAAUCAAGAAAAGAUCAGAGACAAUACAAAAAAUCAUUUAGUGUUGCUCCAGCUGACUCCAAAGGUGCCUUCCUGAAUAGAAUACGAAGUGAGAAAAUGGCAACAAAUAGGGUGCUAUCAAUCCAAAGUCAUGUAGUUCACGGAUAUGUUGGCAACAAGUGCGCUACGUUUCCUUUGCAGGUUCUAGGAUUCGAUGUUGAUCCAAUCAAUUCGGUCCACUUGUCCAAUCACACAGGCUACAAGCACAUCAGAGGUCAGAAAAUGAAUGAUUCCGAACUUACGGACGUCUUCGAGGGGAUCGUUCUCAAUGAUCUGCAUGGAAUGUACUCCCAUCUGCUCACAGGAUACAUUGGAACACCUCAGUUCCUCAAGAAGAUCGUAGAUGUGGUCAAAACACUCAAGAAAGCUAAUCCGAAUUUAGUCUUCUUCUGUGACCCUGUAAUGGGUGACAAUGGAAAAUUCUACGUACCAGAGACAUUUGUUGAUAUCUACCGUGAUGAAUUGAUCCCAUUGGCGGAUAUUGUGUCGCCCAAUCAAUUUGAAGCUGAACUCCUUACGGGCAUUAAGAUCAAAAGCGAAUCUGAUGCGUGGGCUAUAUUGGAUACCUUCCAUAAACAAGGUGUCAAGAUAGCCGUUAUAUCAUCAACUGAUAUCGGUGCUCCGGACAAUCUUCUUGCUUUUCUCAGUGAACUCCCCAAAGGUGCAACAAAGCCCAAGAGAUCAACACUUCUUAUGCCAAAAAUUGGAUCAGUUAAUUUUACCGGAACAGGUGAUCUCUUUGCUGGAUUAUUCUUGGCACAUAUCACAACAUCACCGGAAGCUAGUGCAGCACUGGAGAAAACUGUUGCAUCUCUUCAAGCGGUGAUUCACAAUACAGCUCAACAUUUGUCCGCCGUUGUUACUCCUGGAACAACAAUCACAGCCGUAGACAGGGAAUUGAGAAUUGUGCAGAGCAAGAAAGACAUUGAGGAACCCAAAGUUGUUCUGAAAGCUCAAAUUCAUAAAUAAUUUCUUUUAUUAUCAAAUAACAAAAGCCUAACUAAAUUCUUUGUUAAGGGUAACUGGACAAUAAUAACUCAAUAAUUUUUUGAAAAAUGUUAAAUUUUCUGUUUUAUUAUUCAAACAAUGCAAACUGUAAAAAAUGAAUUAAAAAAAUUAACAUUACCUACCUUUGUAUUUAAUUAGGACUUAAAAAAUUAUUGUGUUUCUUUUUCAAACGUACGGAAUGAAUGCACCUACUAAUUCAGAACAUUUGUGUGUAUGAUCUUUUCAAUUCGGAACCUUUUAAUGAAUUUAAUUCAAUAUUAAAUUCAAAUUUUUACUUUUUUUUAAUAGGUUUAAGAUGAUCUUGUGUAAAAUUUAUUAAAUCGAUCUUUUAAUUUAGACGUUGGCUGUAACCGCUUAGUGGAGGAAAAUGGCUCAAAUGUGAUCUAUCUGCUUUCAAGCACUUCAAUAUAUUUUUUAAAUUUAUUCUUUUGGGCUAUUCAAAAUACUUUAAUAAAAUUACGCUGUGUAUAUGUAUGUAGUAGUGUAGUGAUAUCAAUUUGAAGACAAUAAAAAAUGUUUAAAAAAUUAAAUUUUAAUUGAAGCUCUAAUUAAUCGUGAAAAAAGAAUGUAACACAAAAAAAUUAAUAAAAAUCGUUACUAUA